AUGACUUUAUUUUCGUUGAGAGUUUGGAGAACAACCCUGGUGGUUGCAAGGAACACUGAAACAAGCAGAGGCUUUGGUGUGUUUACAGCCAUGCUGCGUAAAGAGGAUGUUGCUUCCAUGAGAAGAAACUAUGAAAUGCCCGAUGGCUUCGAUGAAUCUCAUCUUGUGGCAAAGGAACCUUUUAUGCAGUUCGAUGGGUGGUUCAGAGAAGCUUCCAAAAGUCCUAAUAUCGGAGAGGCAAAUGCCAUGAUUCUAUCCACAUGCGGAAGGUUUGUGGUGAUUUUUCUCAUCUUUUCAAUUACUUUUAAUGUAUUCUUUCGCAUCACCCGGUACCUCUUACAUAGCAUUAUUGUUAUGAUGUUCGCCAUAUUGGAUUAUCAACCGUUUCAGCGGCGUUAGGAAUGGAAAGAGUUUCUUUCUCAAACUACUGUUUCUUCUGCAGGGACUGUCGUCCUACAGCAAGAGUGGUGUUGUUAAAAGGCUAUGAUAACACAGGAUUCACUUUCUUCACUAAUUAUAACAGCUCAAAAGCAGGGCAAUUGGUGAGCUUACCGUAUUAUGUAAUCAUGGUUAUGUAAUGUUUUCAAUCUUACAACUGAAGUAACAUUCACAUUUUUGGAAGCACGAGUGUUGCUGAUAUGUUUUUCGAAUUUCAAAACUAGAUACAUACAAUAUAUGCAGAUAAUUCUGGAUACUUCUUUUGUUUACAUGUUUGUGUAAAGAGGGAGGGGAGGGUUGGGAGAGUCAAACUCUCAAGGGACGUUGCAUUGAUGCAAGGUACUGAACUUCACUUUUAUUUUAAUGAUAAGCUGAAUUAUACUUUUAUUUUGAUUGGUUCUUUCUUAUAAUCCAUUGGAGGACAGAUGCAUUGAUGAUGCCACCAUUGACAAAAUUUUAUGUUUAAUUUAUAUGAAUUAAAAAGAUUCCAUGUUGCAGUGGUCUUGCUCAGUAAUAGAUCACAAAAGAUUUCAAGCUGUGGUAAGAACGUUAGUGACACUCAGCUAUACCACAUUUUAGUGUCAUGCUUGAUUUAUCACAGAACAGAUACAUGGCAAUAUGGAGUCUACAUGUAUUUUUUGAGUGAGGGUGCAGGUCACAACUGUUAUCCCAACAUAGAGUAACGUGUUGAGGGUCAAAUGCAAGUAUCUUAAAGCAAUUAAGGUAUCAGGUUGAUUAUUGGUGUGAAUAAAACAGCCAACCUAAAUAUUACUGGAUAGGUUCAUCUUUACUGCUUAUUAAACACAUUUAGCAAGAGAACCAGCCGAAACUUCACCGACAGAACCACUAAUAGUGCACUUUGUUCAUGCACUGUCACCUACCUCAGUAUGACAUACUAUAUUAUUGUGUAUGUCCAUAUCACCAUUUGCCCACUCAGUUCUAGCUAAUCCAGUGAAUAUAAGCCCAGUUUGCAGUCCUCUGGUAAUCUGACCUGCACUUGUCAGCUCUCCCAUACACAUGAAAUGAAAGUUAACAAAAUGUACCAUCUCAAUCAAGUCACAUCUUUCACAGUGAUUUCAAAUUUUUAAUACAACGUCACAAUCUCAGGCUGGAGUCUUGCAUGCAAAAAAUGUGUGAAGGUUUUGUUGUCAGCCAUCUACCUCUGAGCUGUUCUGUAACCAAUAAGAGGAUGGUAUUUACUCAGGAAGAACCAAAAGGUAGAUAUGAACUUGGAUACUAUGGCUAACUUCUGUGUUUUUUUUUUUUUUAGAAAGAAAACCCUUAUGCUUCAUUAUUAUUUUAUUGGGACCCUUUGCACCGACAGGUAAAACUGUAAGCUUUUGUUUAUGCAUUGUUUUACUUUCCCCUCAACUUCAAGAACAUCAUGUAAACUGCUAUAUUUUUAAUUUUCUUAUUACUUUUUGUAGUUUGUUUCUUUUCUUUCAUUAACAAAGUAUUGUAGACAAGAUUUAAAUCAUCUUGUAGCUAUCAAUGCUUCUAUAGCUGAUUUGCUAAAGAGAUGAAAUUGUUAAACAUCCCUACAGGGGGAAGCAAAGGGGGGCUCCUGGUCACAUUUCGUGCAAGAAUUUAAGAAAAAUUUACAUGUCACAGAUAUACAAGGGGAAAAGUCAAAUCUCUUUACCAGUGCACAAGGUUUCAGGGAAAUUUUGAGGUAAUCAUAAAUUGAGAGAAAAAUUCUUAGGUCACAUAUAUUUUUGGAGGCAAAUCACAAAUUUGAAUAAAUCAUGCUUGCCUUUCCAUAAAGUUCACACACCAAGAAUCAAUUUUGGUCUUAAUCGUGGGUCAUGUUUAAACUCUUUGCCACCCUUCAAGGUUGCUUUUUUAAGGGAGGACUGGGAAUGGUUACACCUCAGGCAGUUUGAGCAAAUUGGAAACAUGUUAAAUUUCAUCUUAACUUUCUAACCUUCCUGUUAUUAAUGUUUAUCUAGGUGAGAGUAGAAGGGAGAGUGGAAAAACUGUCGCAAAAAGAGAGUGAGGAGUAUUUUCAUUCUCGUCCUCGUUCAAGUCAGAUAGGAGCUAUUGUCAGUAAUCAGAGCUCAGUUAUUGCAAGUAGAAAGGUGUGUAUUUUUACAAAUGAAUAUGAUUGACUCAGAUUGCUAUUACUACUCUGUAAUACCAUAAUCCUAGCAUGUUAUCUCAUAUUUUAAAGUUUUUUAUUUUUUAAGGGAGAUCUGCUCCACAUGCCUAACCCUCUCAUCCCUAAGAGUAACCAGUAUCUAAUUUCUGCUCAACAACUAAUCACAUAUUAAGGCCGGUCACAAAUUCUCCUUUCUAGCACUGAAGGAAAUGUAGAGAGAAUAUUAUGGAGAAUAUGCAUACUGAUGUUAGGGUGUAAAGGGUUAAGUAAGAAGUUGUUUCUUGUUGUGGAACUCUUAUUAAUUAUGGGAUAUUCCUGUUAAUAAAUGAAUGUGUGCAAGCAUAGGCUCAUUGUGUUAGAGGUCUUCAUGAUUAGGAUUUUCAUCACCUCUGAGGUACUAACUAUGAUUAUCAGUCAAGCAAGACAUGGCAGAAGUUUGGUGACCACAUUUCAACAUUAAAACUUGUUGGCUGUGUUUCCAGUGGCAAAUUGUCAUUUACUAAACUUGUCUAGGCACGUUUUCAUGUCUUAUAUUAGCCAACACAUGGCUCUUGAGAUUUGGUUAGCCUGCAAACGAAGAAGGUUGCCUGUGACAAUACCAUUAUUUCACUGUAACAGUCAAAACUCCAUCAUCAAAUUUUUUUCCACACCUCACUCAACUGAUUAUUGGCUGUUGGAAAUGAAGACUUUGAUGAUUAUUAAGUUUUUAAUUAAAUCUGCUUUACGUCUUCAAGUAGGUUAAUUGUUGAGGUAAUUUCCAAAACCCAGGGGUCUGAGAAGCAAAGUUUGGUUGUCAUAAACUUAUGUUUUUGUAUUCACAUUAAAUAACAUUUUCUGUGGGUACCUGCUCUAAUAUUAUUCACUGUAAAUACAAGAACACAUUAAGUUUGUGCAGUUUCCUUGUUGGAAUUCCACUAGCUUCAUUCAACUGACAUUAAACUUAAAAGGUGUCCUUUACUCUAAAGUGCAAUCAGUAAUGUAAUUUUAAACUACAUGCUCUUCAUUGCAUGUUUACCUAUCACCCAUUCUUAAACUCUUGAAAACAUCAUCGUGCAGCAUGUAAAUGAAGAUGUCAAACUUUGUUUCUAAAGUGGAGCCAAGUGUUAUAGGACUGUUUUGAGAAUGCCUCAUUUUUAAAGUGGAAAGUGUCAAAGGGGGGGGAAACACACAUUCAUAUAGUGUCAUUACCAUUACCAUUUUCAGGAAGUGGUGUGUACAGAAACAAUAGGAGCAAACAAAUCAAAGGGUGUACAUUUUCAAAGAAAUGUAGAGAUGUAGAAGCAAGCACAUAUCAAACAAAAAUGGUGAUAUGGAUUAGAUAAAGCCAAAAUGUAAAGAGGAAAGAAGAAAAAGAACAACUCUUCGAUUCUGGUUCUUCUAAAUCCUUGAUAUGUCCAUGAUUAAUGCUGUCAAGGUUCAUGGCAUCCAUUAGGUAUGUCCUUGAAAUUAACUAAACAUGGUUUAAUAUUUCUGUGAUAUACAUUAUUUAAAGGUUUUGGAAGUAAAGGAGAAGGAACUUAAAGAGCAAUAUGCUGAUGAACAAAAAGUGAUUCCAAAACCAGAUAAUUGGUAAGUGGUCACUUUAUAGUGAAGCACAUUUACAUGGGGUAACAAAUCCGAUACUUCCAAGAAUUUUAUUCUUUAGAACCAAAAAAAUAUAUUAUUUCAUAAAGGAGCAUGGUAUAGUGUUGCAAAGCAUUGUCUACUUUCCUUUAAAGCAAUACCGGUACUUGUGUCAUAAAUUAGUUAAAUAUCACCUAACAGAAUUAUUGUAUUAUUUUUUAGGGGUGGUUUUAAAGUAAUUCCAGAUAAAGUUGAAUUCUGGCAAGGGCAAUCCAGUAGACUCCAUGACAGGAUUGUUUUCCGUAAACAAGAAGCAGAUGAAGUUCUUGAUGAAAAUGUAACAAAGAAAGGAGACAAUGGAUGGGUCUAUGAGAGACUUUCACCUUAAGGGCCACGGCAAGAUAAAAUUAAUAUUGUAACAGUUAUAGAUAUUAUAAGACUUACACGUACAAUGUUAUAGUUGAAAAAACUAAAAUUUGCUAUGUUUUAAUUGACUCUGUUAGCUUUUUGUGGAAUGUUUAUUUUUUUCUUUGUAUUAAAAUGUGCAAUAUAACUAAGGUACCUUAGCACCUUCCUAAUAAAUGUAAGGAGAUUCUGUCUAACAGUUGUAGGAAUUGCUACUAUUGGAGUGAUAUCACUAUACUUCUACAGAAGAAGCCAUCUAGAUAAUUUUAAAAGAACACUUUUCAUGGAUUACUCUUCUCAGUAUUAAUGUGGUUGUAUGAGCAUGUAUUAUUUAUAUAUUUUUUAUUAGUGUUCUUUCUCUUUCCCUCUCUUAUAUGUGUAUUAUGUUACUGUAGGAAAACAAUUUAAUUUAUUGUGAAGGGUAUCUUUUUAUGAAAUUAUUGUGCCCUUCUCCAUUUACUUUAUCUAGUUUGUAAUUAUUCAAAAUGUCGUAAUUGUUGGAACAGAGGAAAUUAAAACUACAGCACAAUACAAGCAAGUUACUUAGUUGUGUGAUGACCUGUGUUACUUGUUACUGACAGAGGUACAUUUUCACAUGAACUGUCAUUCAUUAGUUGUAAUCUUCAUGGCUUACUAAGUAACUCCAAGACAUGGUUUCUAUAGUACCUCUCAAAAUCAAGUUGGCACCCCUUGCUAGACAAGCAUCUUGUCCCAAGAGGCGAGAACCUUGACUAAAGGUGUCACAGCCUUGGCUCAUGAUAAGGUAAUUGACUAACAGAUUCUAGAAUUGAUAAACAUGCAACUUCUUCCUCCGAUUCCAAAAUGUUACCUUGUAAAUUGGUUAUGAGAAUAGACAAGCUUAGCAGGCAGGGAAUAUUUUCUAGAUGUAACACCAAAUUCUCCUCUGUCAGUAAUUUCCAAGAAAAUGUAUAGCAGUCUGCAGGGCAAAUUACUGAUUCUAUAUCUUGGGAGUUGAAGGGCAGUAAAACUGAACAGUUAUCCCCUACCCUAAUGUAGAAAAUUUUCUUAGCUCUCUUAUCAUGUGGGUUAAACCGUGUAUUAAAGUCGUGACAAGGAGUGAUUAGAAUGAGGAAGAGAAGGUA